CGCACCCGCGUCGCGCACGGACGACGAGCGCCGAGCGCCGGUCCUCGAUCACGCGCGCGCGCGUCGAAUCUCGCGUCGAGCGCCGGAGCGUCGCGUCGGGGACGACGCGCGUCGAACGCGUCGCGCGCGCGAACGUUAUCCGGAGCUUUCCGUCCGAUCCGCCCGGCGCGGCGCCAGCUGGAUCGAUCGAUCUCCGCGUCGUCAGUCGAUCGAUCUCUCCCCGGCGUCGUCGCGUUCGAAUCUAGGGCCGAUCGCGGCGGCGCGGCGCGGCGCGUCAUGGCGGCGAUGUCCGGUCAGGUCCCGCCGGAUAAGAUGCCGCAGGGUGUGUCAUACACCGUCGACGAGAGCGGCGGGAUCGCCGCGCCCGAGGCGUCGAAAGGGUUGACGAUGGCGCUGGCGUCGGUCCGGCACACGUUCACGGUCAGCGACCCGACGCUGCCGGAUUGUCCGAUCGUGUACGCGUCCGACGGGUUCUUGAAGAUGACCGGGUACUCCGCGGAGGAGGUGAUCAACCGCAACUGCAGGUUCCUGCAGGGCGAAGACACCGAUCGCGACGACGUGCAAAAGAUUCGCGACGCCGUGCAAAAAGGCGAGCGUUUGACCAUCAGACUCCAAAACUACAAGAAGGACGGGACGCCGUUCUGGAACCUUCUCACGAUCGCGCCGGUGAAGAUGGAGGACGGCACGGUCGCGAAGUUCAUCGGCGUGCAGGUGGACGUAACGGACCGGACGGAGGGCGAGGUGGGACGAACCGUCGGCGACGGCGGCGUCGUCGGCGCCAAAGACGAGAAAGGCUUGCCGCUGCUCGUUCGGUACGACCAGAGACUCAAGGACCAGAACUACCCGGGCGUGGAGGACGUGGAGAAGGCGGUCAUGAAGGGCGAGGGGAUCGACGCGGACGCGACGAGGAACUCGCGCGCGAGAGAGGGGCUGGACAUGGCGACGACGAUGGAACGCAUUCAGCAGUCGUUUCUCAUCAGCGACCCGUCGCUGCCGGAUUGCCCGAUCGUGUUCGCGUCCGACGGGUUCUUGGAUUUCACCGGGUACGGCCGCGAGGAGAUCUUGGGGCGGAACUGCCGGUUCUUGCAGGGCGCGGGGACGGACCGCGACGCGGUGAAGGAGAUUCGGAACGCGAUCAAAGACAACCGAGAGUGCACGGUUCGCCUGCUCAACUACACGAAGCAAGGGAAACCGUUCUGGAACAUGUUCACGCUCGCGCCCGUCAGGGACCACGCGGGCGAGGUCAGGUUCUUCGCGGGGGUGCAGGUGGACGUGACCGUGUACACGGACGCGGACGGCCGCCGCCUUGACAGCGUCGAGCUUCUGAGGCAGACGAAGGCGCCGACGCCGCGGCACUCGGGCGACGACGAGGGCAAGUCAAAGUCGAAAGCCGCGACGAAAAAAGUCUUGGAAGCGAUCGGCGGGCUCACUGCAGCGGACGGCGAGCUGCCGUGGGCGAGGAUGGUCGGCCGCCUCGGCGCGCCGAAGCCGCACCAGGCCGGAGACGCGAACUGGGCGGCGCUGCGGAAGAUCGUGGCCGCGCACAAGGCGGCGGGGAGACCAGAGCGUUUGGCGCCGGAGGAUUUCACGCCGUUGACGCGGCUCGGGCACGGCGACGUCGGCGCGGUGCACCUCGUGAGCCUGCGCGACGCGCCGAGCGCGAAGUUCGCGAUGAAAGUUCUCGUGAAGCAGGAGAUGGUGGAUCGAAACAAGCUUCAUCGCGUGCGGACGGAGGGUCGAAUUCUCGAGGCGGUCGAUCACCCGUUCGUCGCGACGCUGUACUCGGCGUUUCAGACGGACACGCACCUGUACUUUUUGAUGGAGUACUGCGAGGGCGGCGAGCUGUACGAGACGCUGCAAAAGCAGCCCGGGAAGCGCUUCACCGAGGCGACGACCAAGUUUUACGCCGCGGAGGUUCUGUGCGCGCUGCAGUACCUCCACCUGAUGGGCUUCAUCUAUCGCGACUUGAAGCCGGAGAACAUUUUGUUGCGUCGGAACGGACACGUCAUCGUGACGGACUUUGACCUCUCCUACUGCGCGUCGAGCCGCGCGCACGUCGUCAUGAUCGACGGCAAGGGCGAGGACGUCGUGGCCGGCGGCGGGAGCGCGACGACGAGCGGGAGCGGGAGAGGGAGCGGCGGCGGGGGGGGAAGCGGCGGCGGCGGGAAGAAGGAGCGUCGGCCGUCGGACGCCGGCUCGGAGAGUUCGAGUUCAAGAGGUGGGGGGGGCUUCUGCGGCAAGGGCGGCGGCGGCGGCUCGAACCCCGCGACCCGCCGCGACACCCCGCGCCUCGUCGCGGAGCCGUUCGCGUUCACCAACUCCUUCGUCGGCACGGAAGAGUACCUCGCCCCGGAGGUGUUGAACAGCACGGGGCACACGAGCUCGAUCGACUGGUGGGAGCUCGGCAUCUUCAUCCACGAGUGCGUGUUCGGGCUGACGCCGUUUCGCGCGUCGAAACGCGAGCAGACGUUUCAGAACAUCAUCUCUCAGCCGCUCAGCUUCCCGUCGAACCCGCCGACGAGCCCGGAGCUGAAGGAUUUGCUCUCGCAGCUGCUGCGACGCGAUCCGAGCGAGCGGUUGGGGACGAGAGGGGGCGCGGAGGAGGUCAAGGCGCACCCGUUUUUCAAAGGGGUGGACUGGGCGUUGCUGCGUUGGAAAGACGCGCCGCUCGCGAAGAAGCCCGAUCCGCCGAGGGCGGACGGCGGCGGCGACGAGGUGUUCGAGAUCGAAGUCUGAGAGAAGUCUGAGAGGUCUGUUUGGGGAGAAGAGAAGAGAAGUCUCAGUCUCUGGAUGGAGACGUCUGAGGCGGGCGGGCGGGCGGCGGGACGUCCCCUCGACGACGCGAGGGAGGAGCGUUUGCAUAGCAUACAAUAGUAGAUUCGCAUCAUUCACGAGCGCGUCGUUC